GUACACCUGAAGGCUGGCUACUCAACAUGCCGCUGUGGUUUUGCGACUGGGAAUCCUGCCGAAAUCCAGCUGUACAACGAGAUGGCGAUUGUUUGUUAUGUCACAAACACUUAUGUCGCAUCCACCUUCGAGAGCCAUGGCAUGAUUGCCCACGCGCAGAGGAAAAUUGGGAGGGUUUCUCCCUUCAGUACGCUGCAGCAGAAAAUCAUGACAUAGAUCAGCUGUGUCGGAAGAUCGAUGUCUCGAAGCUACGUUCCCGCGCGUCGAUGAUUAGAAACGGCAUUCCUUGCACGAUUGACCUAUCAACCAAGCAGCUGUCUGCUAUGAUGGGCAACCAGAAUUGCCACGCCGAGAUCGCCUUCGAAGAUGGCGUCGUAUGGAUUGCCCGUUUUCGUCUCACCAAAACGACGUCUCCACCGCAGGAAGUCCGAGACUUCAUCGUUCGAAGCGAAGCCGCAACGAUGAGCUACCUUUGUGAAAACACUAGCCUACCGGUACCCCGCAUUUACGAUUGGUCCGACGAAUCCAAUCCAGAAAACGACAUUGGGGUCAGCUUUAUUCUCAUGGAAAAACUUGACGGACGGCCUCUCGAUUGGAGGGCAGCGACUCCGGCCCAGAGGGAGAAGAUUCUGCAGCAAAUUGCAGACAUCUAUAUCGAAAUCGAAAAACACCCCUUCGAAUCUAUGGGCUCACUUGUUGCAUCACCACGGAAUCCUCACCACCUAGAGGUACAAGGGCUUGCGCAACACACAACAUACCAAUUGGAAGCUGGCCACGCUCUCGGUCCUUUCUCUACUCCUGCAGACGGUUCCGCCGCCAUCAUCGAGGUAUAUCUCAGCAUGAUAGCCAGCGGGGAACUCAUUGCCUCUCGCCCGAUAGACGCCUAUCUUACGCAUCGUUUCCGCUUAGAUGUUAUCGACCGUCUUUGGACAGGCUCUACAGCAGAGAAUCGAUUUUUCUUGAAGCACCCUGACGACAAGGGCGACCACAUCCUCGUGAACGAUGACUUUGCUAUUGUCGGAAUCAUAGACUGGGAAUGGACAAAGACGGUCUCUCGUGCGGAGGCCUUUUGCUCCCCGUCGAUGAUGUGGCCGAUUUCCAAGUUUUACGCAGGCUCUAACGAGCUAGCCCAGGAUGAACUAAGACUUGCUGAAGUCUUCCGCGAAAGAGGUCGGGAAGAUCUAUCUGAUAACAUUCUGACAGGCAGGAAGGUCCAAAGAUUCUUUUUCGCCAUGGGAUCUGAAAGUCCUUCAGAUAUGUCCAAUUUUACGUCCCUUUUUGCGGGACUUACAGGAGCCUUCGACUAUGAGCACGAAGAGUGGGAGCGGUGGAGAAAAGACGCCCUCAAUAGAUGGAGAGACGACAACCAUCUGCAAAAUUUGGUACAACAAGACCGCGGGAAGGAAGUUUGAUAGUAUAAGUAGGCGAAUCGCCCAGAAUUAAGCACAAGAUGACAGGCAUAUGAUGACUUAAACCAUCGAGGAAUGCAUUUGAUGAUUCGAGAUCACCUGUUGCAUAGACUCGACGGCUAUACAUUCCCGAGUCACCGCGUCGUUCUUUUGGAUUCUCUCCUCAUCAUGCAACCAUGUUAGAUACAUUUACCAGUCCGACAAUUGAUUUGUGAAAUGGAUGUGCAAUUUCCCUCGAAAUCAACUGGACAAUCAGCUCGAUUCUGUGAACCGGAUGGUUUGUCUGUCAUUGAUUGGGUCAGAAAACACCAUGCAGGUCGACGCGCGGCGUAGGAAGAACCCACGUGUAGCACAGAAGCGGCCACCGCUCAAAGCCCAAGCAUCACACCCUUCUUUAGCACAUUUUUCAGCCAUG